UUUUUUGAUUUUCCCAGCGUUUUCACCAACAGUGAACCAAAAAGCAAACCCUCCUUUUCUUUAUCUAUUCCUGCAGUCUUUUUGUCAUUCUCUCUCACUCACAAACUCUCGUCACUUCUUCCAGGUUUUCAUCUCAGCUACUGGAGAUUUGAGGUUCUUCCGUGGCUGACGUACUACACCCACAAGAAUUGGUGGAGGCAAAGAUUUUUCAAGAUUUAAUCGCGUGCCAUAACAUUUUUUGGGAUCCAUGAUUGCUUGGUGUUUAUAUAGUUUUCUAGGGUUACGGUUUUAUCCGAAUUGAAAUCCCCUGUAGUGGUUUUGUACUUUUUUUUUUUUGGGUCAUGUUUGGAAGGAACUGAUUCCCAAUUGUUCUGUAAUUUUUUCUCUUAUAUUUUUAUGGUCAAGGUACACAGCUUUGAAUGUUCCCCCGAUACUGUAUAAUCAAAAAUCAUCUCAUUGUUAGUGUUUUUCCCCCCUUUUCAUCUUGUCCAUCUAUUUAUGUUUCUGGGAAAGAGACGGUGAUAAACCAUCUAUAACUGAUAAUUCCCUAUCAUUGACGCAAAAUAUAUGCUAUAAUAAACAAAAAUAGUAUCAAUUUAUUCAUGGGGAGUCCCAUAUUGAGCAAUCGCAGCAACGCGCAACCGCGAUUAGGCAUUACUGAACCCAUUUCAUUGGGUGGGCCAACUGAUUGCGAUGUCAUCAAGACCCGUGAACUCGAGAAGUAUUUGCAAGACGCGGGACUUUAUGAGAGUCAGGAGGAGGCUGUGAGCAGGGAAGAAGUGCUUGGCAGGCUAGACCAGAUUGUGAAGAUUUGGGUUAAAGCCAUUAGCCGUGCAAAGGGACUCAAUGAGCAACUGGUGCAAGAAGCAAAUGCCAAGAUCUUUACUUUUGGCUCCUAUCGGUUAGGGGUGCAUGGUCCUGGAGCAGAUAUAGACACUCUUUGUGUGGGCCCUAGACAUGCAAGCAGAGAGGAAGAUUUUUUUGGUGAGCUGCAAAAUAUGCUAUCUGAGAUGCCAGAAGUAACAGAAUUGCACCCUGUGCCUGAUGCACAUGUUCCAGUGAUGAAAUUCAAGUUGAAUGGUGUUUCCAUAGAUCUCCUUUAUGCAAAAUUAUCUUUGUGGGUUGUUCCAGAAGAUUUAGAUAUAUCACAGGAUUCAAUAUUACAAAAUGCAGAUGAGCAAACUGUUCGUAGUCUUAAUGGUUGUCGGGUUACUGAUCAAAUUUUGCGUUUGGUUCCAAAUAUUCAGAAUUUUCGAACGACAUUAAGAUGUAUGAGAUUUUGGGCAAAGCGCCGAGGUGUUUAUUCAAAUGUUUCAGGUUUUCUUGGUGGUAUAAAUUGGGCAUUGCUUGUUGCUCGAAUAUGCCAGCUUUAUCCCAAUGCCCUCCCUAAUAUGUUAGUAUCUCGAUUUUUCCGGGUAUACACUCAGUGGCGUUGGCCAAAUCCAGUAAUGCUUUGCAAUAUUGAAGAAGGAUCUCUUGGACUUCAAGUUUGGGAUCCUAGAAAAUAUCCCAAGGAUAGAUAUCAUCUAAUGCCGAUAAUUACCCCUGCUUAUCCUUGUAUGAACUCCAGUUACAAUGUGUCAUCAAGUACUUUGCGCAUUAUGUCAGAGGAAUUUCAAAGGGGAAGUGAAAUAUGUGAGGCUAUGGAGGCAAGCAAGGCUGAUUGGGAUACCCUUUUUGAGCCUUAUCCCUUUUUUGAAGCUUAUAAGAAUUAUCUACAGAUAGACAUUAGUGCAGAGAAUGCUGAUGAUCUUAGAAAAUGGAAAGGUUGGGUUGAGUCUCGCCUUCGUCAACUGACGUUAAAGAUUGAGAGGCACACAUAUGGGAUGCUUCAGUGCCAUCCACAUCCUGGUGAUUUUCCAGACAAAUCCAGACCUUUCCACCGUAGUUACUUCAUGGGUCUGCAACGUAAGCAAGGAGUUCCAGUUAAGGAAGGUGAACAAUUUGAUAUAAGGAUAACUGUUGAAGAAUUUAAGCACUCUGUCAACGUGUACAAUUUAUGGAAACCUGGAAUGGAAAUUCAUGUAUCCCAUGUGAAGCGUCGGACUUUACCUACCUUUGUAUUUCCUGGUGGUGCUCGCCCUUCCCGCCCAACUAAAGUAACUUGGGAUAGCAAGCGGAGUUCAGAAUUGAAGGUCUCUGGCCAUAUUCAGGAAAAAUGUCCUGAAGGUAGGGCAGUUGCAUGCGGAACAGAUGAUGAAAAAAAGAGAAAGCGAGCAGACGAUGAGUUUGAUGAUAACUUGAGAAUUUCCAAAUCCGUGGCAUCUUUACCUUCUUCCAGUAGGGAACUUCAUGAGGAUAUAACUAUUAGCACUGCCAAUUCUUGUUCUAUAAAACACAACUCAGAGGCCAAUGUUAUUGGGGGACAAAAGGGUGAGAAAUCUGAUUUGAAUUUUCCAGAGGAGAUAUCAUCUGAGAAGAGUGAGAUUAAUGGUUCAGGAAGAGACAAUGUACAAGUCAACCCUAUACAUGCUGCUUCUGAUAUGUCAAAUUCUAAAGAAGCAGAAAAGCUGGCAAUUGAGAAGAUUAUGUCUGGUCCAUAUGAUGCACACCAAGCCUUUUCAGAAGAACCAGAUGAGCUUGAAGAUGAUCUUGAGUAUAAAAAUCAAGUGAAAGGGGAUGGGGGAGACGGGAAAAGUAGCUUAGACUCUUUAAACGUGAAGGCUGUAGUGGCAACUGAGCCAGUUAUUUCAAGCGAGGAAAUGAUUCAUUCGACUCAUUUACGAUCUGGUGGGGGCUUGGAUGAACUUGAGCCUGUUGAGCUGACAGCGCCGUCAGUAAGUGGGGCUCCAGCGCCUGUGCCCCAAAAGAAGUCUCUGAUUAGUUCUUAGGUUUAACUUCACCUCCUUGGCCAAAGCUGCGGACAAAAGUUCUUAGAUACGUCUAAAGUUUAGCUGCAGAUGAGCCGGGCGGACGGGGAAUGACUUUCAGCGAUCCUUUAAUAUAUAUAGCUUAUUUGUUUCUUCUAUAAUAAUGCUGAUGCUGUAAAACUAAUUGAGCUGGAAAAGCCGCAAAUUUGUACUUAUUGUGACAUUAGAAUUGAAAUUGAUGUCGGCUUUCACCAGGAGAGAAACACGUCCUUGACAUGUUAUCUGAAAUGCUUACUUUCCAUCGUCCCGUAUUAAUGGGCUCAUAAUUGCAAAUUUGUUAUUCUUUUCA